ACCGACUUCAGUUGCUAGUGAGACGUGGUACGAGUAGCAUGUAAUGACGACCCGUGUCGUUUGGUUGGUAUACAGACAUACGCGUUAGUAGCUACGUGAUUCGAAAACGACUUUUCAUCGCACUGUGAAAGAGGUGGCAGUGAAGUGGGGAAAGCGAAACCGACGUUCGGCGGUGAAAGUAGUCGAGUAAAAGUCAUCAUCGAGCAUACGAAGCAAUUGGUGGAAACACAAAGAAAGCGGAAGUUGAAUAAACACCCGAGCCGAGUUUGCUCGUAUAAUCGAUCGAAAGCAAUUGUUAUCGAGUUUAGAAAAGUGAUCGCAUAGAAAUAAAAUCAAACAAAAUUGGGGAAAUUGCUCCCGAGAUCAUCAUCAUCAUCAUCUUCGUCAUAGCAGAUUGUUGACCUUAGGUUAGUCAAUCGGAGAACACGAAAGCGUGGUAGUUUGGAUUUCUAGCCAGCGCUGUUUGACAUUGCAGGUUUAUUGAAGCCACUUCAAACAAACUUUCUCUGGUGUCUGCUUGUCAAACGAUAUCUAUUGCUAAAUAUUGGUUAGUGGCAUCAAGGCUCCAGUACAUCAUUCGAGCUACAAAAAGAAGCGAGCAAUUAGAUCCUAUGAAACAGGAUGAAGGAAAUGGACCCAUCGGCGGACGGAUGCAGUAGUAAGCUGGAGGCACAUUGCCGCAGCUGUUGCCUGGAUUGCAGCAUUAGCAGCAGCAACCACGGAAGGCAUCGAUGGCAUUUCGGUGCCAGCCGGCAGUUGAGUUUGCUACUGCUGCUGGUUGGACUCCUGUGCGCACAUGUCAUCACUAGUAGUUGUACACCUUUAGAUGAUAGUAGUAAUAGUGAAACCAUAGCAUUAACAGCCUGUCAGCAUCUGCGACGUGCGGAAUCACGUCGCGCCAAGUCACUAGGCGAUAACUUGCUGCAUUCGGUGCGAAUACCACGCUGUACGGCGCUCGGCGACUUUGAGCCGGUUCAGUGCUCGAACGAACUCAACGGCACUGAAUGUUGGUGCGUGGACGAAUACGGCGUCGAGCUUGCGGGCAGCCGAAAACCGAGUGCGGAUGACGUGAACUGCACCGUCAUCGAAACCAAAUGUCAGGCUUCCAGCUGCCGAAUGUUCUGUCCGGCGGGUUUCGCCCGAGACCAUAACAGCGGUUGUCCAGUCUGCAAAUGUCGUGACCCGUGCGAAGGAGUGCAGUGCCCCCGUGGACAGCAAUGUGAACCCGUGGAAGUCAACUGCAAGAAUGAACCUUGCCCACCAGUUCCCACCUGUCGCAAAGCACGUUCCUUAGCAGAUCUGUGCCCAGCGGGGCAACCACUAGCUAUCAGCGGUACCGCGAGACCAUUCCUGUGUGGCAUCGACCCGGGUAAACCCAGCUGUCCUCCCUUGUACCGCUGUCUGGUGCAAUCAGGUAACGAUUAUGGAGUUUGUUGCCCUGCUUCGCUGCAGUUCGAAAAACCUGGCUCCUGUCCAAAACCAGACGAGAUCGUCUCUACCGACAAUACCGGAUAUCUAUGCGGCACACCUUGCGGUCAUGACCUCGAAUGUCCGCAAAUGCAAAAAUGUUGCACAUCGAACGGUUGCGGGCGAAACUGUCAACAGCCGCACAAUGUGACCAUUUGUCAUCAGGCCCGGAUGCUGUCCGAGCUUCUCUCAGUGAAUGAACGCGAAGGUCGGGGAUAUGUUCCACAGUGUGAGGGUCCCGGAGGUAGCUUCUCCACUCGACAGUGUUCCCGCAACGGGUUGGUAUGCUGGUGUGUUGAUCCCAAAAAUGGAAACAAAAUCAAGGGUACCAUGGGAGCUGCUCAAAUGGUCAAUUGCGAGGGUGUGGAAAAUAUGAUCGGUCGCAGUGGAGGACGCAGUGUCGAUGGUUCCCAAGGUCUCUGUGAUCACAACAUUUGUGCUGCGGUGUGUGAGUACGGUUUCAAGAAUGACCACAACGGAUGUCCGACCUGUGAGUGCUCGGAACCUUGCGAGGGCUUCGUUUGCCCAUCCGGGUCGCAUUGCGAAGUCGCCAAAGAUCCAAACUGUGCUGCAUUUUCGGGUUUGUGCUCUUCGGAACCCGUCUGCAAGCCGGAUCUUGUUUACUCCAAUCCAUGCGAGAUGGGAACUCCACUAGCGGAUAACAUCACCGGAGAACUGCUGUACUGUCAUAUGAAUCGACCUAAAAGUCGAGAAUAUCAGAUUCGAACAUUUUUCGAUGACGAAGAAGACGAUACCAAUGGCCGCAAACGCUCUCUAUCCAAUACGAUCAACUGUCCGGAGACGCACAAAUGCAUGAAAUUGCACGGCGAAACAGGCAGCGUUUGCUGUCCGGUGGAGAAUGACACCGUUCCGGUGAUGGAAGCCCGUCAGCAAUCAAUGUGCGAAUACCUGCGAGACUUCUCGGAUCGCAUGGAGGGAACGGUCGAGGGUAUGAAGCUUGCUUUACCUCCGCCAACCUGCAGUAUGGAUGGAGGUUACGAAGCUGUACAGUGCAUACGUCGUAAGACGCGGGUCAGCCGCAGUGACCAGAGACGCUACUUAGAACAAAACAAUAUAAGACAGAUGAGAAAGUUGCUGGAAGAAGCUAAACGGGCCAGACGCGAGGCGGUUCCCAGCAGCGAGCCAUCGCACUCGAACCUAAAACUAGUGAAGGUGGAUAACUAUCACGAAGAAGCUCAAAUGGUGCGUGCUACCGAGUCUGCGGAAGAGUACGGUGUUCAAGGUAGAGCGGCCAAAAUCAUAGAUUUUAAUCGACUUGAUUCAAAGAACUCUAACACAAAUUUGGACAAACCAAUUGUUAAACCAUCCGCGCUGUUGAAGAAGAAUGUCCCAGCAGAGAAACAGAUGGUAGAAAUCGACAUCGAAGAGUGCUGGUGUGUGGACAAUUUUGGCACGGAGAUUCCCAGAACCCGCGGAAUGAACUCUACAAGAAAGUCGUGCGAAAAUCUACGCGAAUCUCUCGGAUGUCUGGAUUUAACUUGUCGCAUGGGAUGUGAUUACGGUUUCAUUCUAGAUCCUGUGACUCAAUGUCCUUCCUGUGAAUGUCGAGAUCCUUGUGACAGUGUAAACUGUCCCGAAGGCCAAGAGUGUCGAUCGGUUGAAGUUUCUUGCGAGGGAGAAUAUUGCCCGCCCGUUCCAGCUUGCUUUCCUAAAAAGCCUGGACAGUGUCCAUUUUUAGUUCCACCUGGCAGUGAAAAUGUCGAAUCCGACUCGUGUGAAUAUGAGUGCAGAACAGAUGCCCACUGCGAGGGAUCCAAACGAUGCUGUUCCAAUGGCUGUGGAACGCAGUGCGUUGAACCACAACUUAAAACCGCAUGCCAGCAUCUGCAGACAAUACAGCUGCACCAGGCCAGUGAACUUGGGGUUCCACCGAAACAAAAGUACAUUGCUCAGUGUGAUGACGAGGGUAGUUUCCGAACAAUUCAAUGCGGUCCAGGAAAUACCUGCUGGUGCGUUGAUGAAUACGGCAAUGAGAAGAGUGGAACCCGAACUUCGGACGGCCAACCUAACUGUGAGAUUUACCCGAAAAAUGAAUGUCCACUGAAGAAAUGUUCAUUCUGCGAGUAUGGCUAUAAAAUUGACGCAAAUGGUUGCAAGACGUGCGAAUGUCGGAAUCCGUGUGAGGAAAUUUCUUGCCCACGGGGAGAAGAAUGUUUGCUCAUUCAGGUGGAGUGCAUUUCCGUUCCAUGCUUCAAGAUGCCCAUCUGCGUACCGAUCCGUGAUUCCAUUUGCCCGGAAGGACUUCCGCUGAAGUCUGGUGGUCGCGAAAUCGUAUGUGGACCGCAGGUGGACGGCGACGCUUGUCCUUCCACACACAUCUGUCAGCUAAACCCGAUCAGCAACCGCGGGUCUUGUUGUGCCAAGACAAGAGAUGUUUGCUUCGAGUCGAUCGAAUCGAGCUGCCUGGCCUCGGAGAUGCAUUUGUCCGACAGUAAUGAUUUGGAAAGUAUCACAAAAUGGCGGUUUAGUCCUCGACUAAAUAAAUGCGUUCCCGUCAAUCUACCGCGGUCCAGCGUGUGUCAGUCGAAAAAUUUAUUCCACAGCGAGCAAGCUUGCAACGGAGUUUGUCCGGUGCUUUCGCAGUGCGAACGGUUGCGAAUGAAAAAUGCGAUGGCUGCCAAGCGCGCUGGACAACCAAGUACCUGGUUCCAGCCACGCUGCGACCCUGAAACUGGGUUCUGGAGCCCGGUGCAAUGUCUUGGUUCGACGGGUCCCAGCAACGGAACGACGACGCCGGAAACUCCCAGCUUGGGAGUCUGCUGGUGUGCGGAUAAGAAAGGCGCACCAGUGAAGGGUUCACUAACCAAGGGUAGCGAACCAUUAUGCAGCAGUCGUCAGGCGAGAAGGCGGUUGUCUAGUGGAGAAGAAUCCAGCGAUCCAGUAAUGGAGGAAUUGAUUCGACAGAUCACCUUCCUGGUGGACGAAAACAAUUAUAUUGAUGAGGAUCUAGAACCAACGGUUCCAUCCGCCAGUGCAGCUAACACCGUUCCCAACUUUGCACCUGAACCGCGCUACAUUGGAUCUGUUUCAGCCGUGACUGAGAAAAUUAUCGAAAUGGCCAGAACCGAUGAUGGAAGCAAUUACAUCGAAGACAUCGGUAAGAAGCUAAUUCCUUCGACGACACGAUGUCAAGCUCUUAAGCUGGCAGCUUCUUUCCCCGUUGCUUGCGAUGAAAAUGGGGCCUUCCAAUCUACGCAAUGCAAUGGAGAUACUUGCUGGUGUGUCGACGCUGCCGGUAACCAACUUCCACUCUCCAGUACUUUCAAGCGUGGAUUCCGCAACUGUCUCUUCACCCCGAUUGACGCAGUGGAAAUCGAGCUCCACCUGAACAAUCCUCAUCAGAGACUUCUGCUGAAUCUGUACGAGGUUCUCCGUAAUGAUUUGUCUUCGAUGAUCGGCAGCAUCUUUGACAACUACCGAGUACACGAAAACAACGACGGAAGCGUAACGCUACGGUUCGAUCUAAUCGAAGACAACAAGGUGGACGACGCCUUUGCUAUCGAAGAAAUGGUCCGCGAUCAUGCAUUCGUCAUGUAUCACGGUGCUCUGAUGGCUGACGUUACGCAGUCUCGAUUCGCACACAGAAUCUCCGCCAAUCUGCCGGUACCGCAGCAAUCGUCCGGCAUCCCGGAGAACACUUUCCAAACGAUAGUGUUCGUUCUGGCGACGGCCUCCGCUUUCCUCAUCAGUAUCUUGGUGGUGUUUGUGAUGCUGAAGCGGGGCAAAAACAAAAUGAAACACUACAGCAAUGGUAACCGUAUGAUGAGCAUUGGAGCGGACAAAUACCUAGACUACAGUUCGCCGAUUUUCGUGCUGAGCGCCAACGAUACCAAAUCUCUUCCGGACCACAACCAUCGACCAGUGACCGCAACGACGUCUGCCAAAGUAAACGAACCGAACUAGAACAGUUUGUUGAAACAAUGGUAACCAGCACUGACUUCAGUGCUUCCGGAAUUAACAAGGAUUGAUUCUCUCCAUGUUCAAUGAUAUACCAACAUGUUUUGUUUGAGUUAUGAAAAUUCAAAAGAAGAAAUCACACAACACGUGGGCCAAAAAACUUAUUCACCAGUUUAGUGUAUAUAAUUACCCACUCUCCAGCGAACCAACAUCUGUUAGAAAUAAAAAUCAGUGCACAUUCCAUUUUUCUGCUCAAAGUUGCUCUAUGUCCCUUCUAUGAACCUUUUUAAGACCUUCACACAUUAGAGACUAACCUUUAAUACGCCGUUAUUAUAUAUCAUCUUGCUUAGCUACUUUUUAUGGGGUUUGUAUUGUGAAUUUCACUUUCAGCACUAUCAGUAAGGGGAACAGGUCUCUAUUUCUAUCUAUCUACAGUUGUUUUAGAAAUUUCUUGCACACGACAGUUUCUUCAAUCAUAGAUUAUACAAGUGUUUUUUUUUGUAUUUACCUGUACACUUUUAAGAAAGCAGUUGUAGUUGCGAACUCAAGUUCGAAAAGUGUGUAGUGUUAUGUAAAUAAUUACGGUUACUAAGUGGAAGUUUGGAAAAUAUAUUGGCUGGAAAGUUUGAUGGCGACCCUAGACGAUGGGUGUGAGAGCUUAGUCUACGAACCGUAGUCCGGAACGUCCAAUGUGCUCUUAGGUUACUCAGAUGCUUUUUAUUUAUUUAUAAUUAUCUCCCAUUGGCAUCUAUUUGUAGGAAACGAGUCUUCGAAACAAAACAAGGAUAAGAAUGACACACUGUACUUUGUACAUAAAAUAGCCGAUGUGUAACUGUCAGAACCAAUUUUGUCCCAUUUCAAUAAAAUUGAAUUAAAUAAUUGAUAAAAAUGCA